AUGAUGUUUCUCCAAAGCAAGAUAAAACUCAAUUUCAACUCAUGCUGCCGGCUGAAAGUCAAGCCUUCUAAGCAACUAUUCAUCCUCAUCUCUCUGCUGACUCUGGUCCCGUUCAACUCCGCCGUUCUGAACUGCUCCCAGCCGACUCCAGCUUCACUGCUGAGCUCCCUAAAGCCAGUGUUUGAGCUGAACGCCAUUCGACCUGUAAUAAAUAUGUCGGUCCCAACCCAAGUUACAGUUUCCUUCAUUCUCUUUGGUAUUUUGGGAGUGGAUGAGAAGUCCCAGGUACUGACAACUUUCAUUUGGGAAACUUUAAUGUGGAAAAAUGAAUUUACUAUUUGGGACCAAGUGGAAUGUGGUGUGGAAUGGAUUGCAAUUGAACGAAACCUGCUCUGGGUGCCAGAUAUCGUCAUCAACGAGUUCAUGGAGAAGAACUUAGCACCAAGCGUCCCGUACACAUACCUCCAUUCCAGUGGUCUGGUUUAUGAUAGCUUGCCUGUCAGAGUUGUGAGCUCCUGCAGUCUCAACAUCUACCUGUUUCCAUUUGAUAUUCAAAGAUGCACUUUCACUUUCAAUUCCUACAUACACCUCAGUGAUGCUGUACAACUUGAACUUAAAGACACAGACCAGGACUUACUUCAGGCAUCGAAAGACGAAAUGGCAACGAUGGGUGAAUGGCAGCUAGUUGGAAUCAAAUCAGAGAAGGUGGUAGUACCAAUCAUAGAGGGGUCCACUUACGAUGAGCUUCGCUUCUUUGUCUCUAUUCGGCGCCACUCUACCAUGUAUGUGGUGAACCUCCUGAUCCCCAGCUGUUUCCUCAUCACUGUGGAUCUCUUCAGCUUCAUCCUGCCCAUCCAAAACAUUGACCGGUCCUUGUUCAAGAUGACCCUCGUCCUGGGCUACACUGUCUUCCUGCUCAGCACCAAUGAGCUGCUCCCUAUCACUGGAAACACCAUCCCUCUCAUCAAUGUGUUCCUGUCUCUCUGUCUGACUAUGAUGGUCACCAGUCUGAUGGAGACCAUCUUCAUCACCAAUCUUCUCCGGGGCUCAGCUCACUACACUGCACCUCCUCGUUGGAUGAAGGUGUUUGUUCUUCACUUUUUGGGUCCACUUGUGAGGCUUCCACCAAAUCCUGAGCUGCAAGAAGACCUGGUGUUUACGAAUCCUAAUACAAGAGAAAUGGCAGAUAUCUCCACAGAGUCCAAAGAGAAUGAAACUAUGGAGAGAAAGGAAACACUGAAGGAGGCUGAGACCCUCCAGGUUCUGAAGAACCUCAGCAGGGAUCUCCAGGCCAUCCACCGCCAUGUUGUCCAGCAGCUGAAGGGAAGUCCCAGCUCAGAGGACUGGAUCCAGAUCGGCCUCGUCAUCGACCGCCUGCUGUUCAUCUUUUACAUCUUCUUCAUGUCAGUCAGCUUCGUUUCCAUCAUCAUUAUCUGGAUCGCCUCAUAUUACUCUGCAUAACUGCCGGUUUGUUUUACUGCAGUUUUAUUUCAAAUUUAAUAUGUUCUGUUAAAUCACAGAUGUUAUGUACUUUAGAAUAUAAUUAGUUCAAGUUAAAGUCAAAUCAAUUAAUCAUUGAC